AUGAAUUUACAACUGAAUGGAUUUUAUGUUUAUCAAUUAUCUGAUGAUAAUGAUAAAAUUCAACAUAUUGAUAUUUGUUCAUCUGUAAAUGGUUUUAUAACAGAACAAGGUCAUAUUUAUUUAUGGGGAUCAACUGUACCUUAUGGUAAAAUUUCUGAUCAAGAAAAUUUUCGAAAUAUAUCAAUUAAUAAUCCAAUACAAACAGAUUUAAUUAAUAAUAAUAAUAAUAAUGAUCGACCAAUAAAGAUAUCACUUAGUCGUGGACAAUUUCAUGCUCAUAUUUUAUUACUUACAGAACAAGGAUGUAUUUAUUCAAUGGGUUCGAAUUAUAAAUCUAAAUUAGGUAUUGAUAUAGAUCAUAUCUUUACAGGUGAAUGGACAUUAAUUGAAUUAACACGUACAUGUUCAUUUAAAAUAAUAGCUGCUGGUGGUAUUCAUUCAAGUGCAUUAUCAACAGAUGGACGAGUUUUUACUUGGAGUUGUGGAUCAGAUGGUCGUUUAGGACAUGCUAAAGCUCAAGGUCAUCGAUAUUUAUAUAAAGAACAUGAAUCAAGAUCAAUUGAUCUUUUAAAUAAUCAACAAGUUCUAUCAAUUUCUACUUCAUAUUAUCAUAUGGCA